AUGUCGGGGGACUGGGAUGAAGACCUGUGUAAGAAGGCGCUGGUGUUGGUGGAGGAGCUGUGCUUCAACUCCCCGAGAGGCUACAGCCAGAGUGAACGCUGCCAGGAGUUCAGCUACCUGCUGAGAGGUCGCAACAGACAGCUCGACACAGAGAUCUCUGUCAGUCUGCUGUCGGUCAUCGUGACAUUCUGUGGCAUCGUCCUCCUCUCCGUCUCCCUCUUCGUCUCCUGGAAGCUCUGCUGGCUGCCAUGGCGGGACAAGGAGGGCGGAGGUCUGAGCCUGACGUCAGGGCUGCUGCCCGGGAGCGCCGGAGUCGGAGGCCUCGGAGGCGCCGGGGGGUCGUCGCUUCUGCCCCCGCUGCUGCAGAGGAAGGAUGGGCACUCCUCGUCCUCGCUGUACCCCACUCUGGGCCAGCAGGGCCACCCUCAUUUCAAUGACCUGGUGGGGCUGGAGAGUGGGGGGGUUGGAGGUGUGAUCGGAGGGCCUGAGACCCAGGAGCACUCGUACCUGGACAUGGACUCGUACCCCAACAAUGCUGGGACUCUGAAGCUCAGUACGACGUCUCCAGAUGUCCCCAACUCAGAGGGGGGAGCCCAGCCUCAGAAAGACCUGCCCAACGCUCAUUCUCAGCAGCAGGUCACCGCAAGGCCUAAGCCCAUGACUCACCAGCUCUCCAGUCCUGAUUUCCACGAGGAGAAGGAGCAGGUUACCAGCAUCGGGCAGAUCAAACCGGAGCUCUACAGGCCCAAGGGCGACCAGGGUGAAGGCAAACAGGGCGACAACUGCGGCAAGAUCAGCUUCCUCCUGCGCUACGCCUUCAAUACGGAGCAGCUGGUGGUGAAGAUCCUGAAAGCUCUGGACCUGCCAGCGAAGGACGCCAACGGCUUCUCCGACCCGUACGUGAAGAUCUACCUACUGCCAGACAGGAAGAAGAAAUUCCAGACCAAGGUUCACAGAAAGACCUUAAACCCCGUGUUCAACGAGACCUUUCAGUUCGGCGUGCCGCUGAAUGAGCUACAUUCCAGGAAGCUGCAUUUCUCCGUGUACGACUUCGACCGCUUCUCCAGACACGACCUGAUCGGCCAGGUUGUGGUGGACAACCUGCUGGACUUCAGUGAGGGCAGCGGGGACAAACCAGUCUGGAGGGACAUCGUGGAGGGCACGGCGGAGAAAGCUGAUCUCGGGGAGCUUAACUUCUCGCUGUGUUACCUGCCCACUGCAGGCAGACUCACAGCUACAGUCAUCAAGGCCACCAACCUAAAAGCCAUGGACCUCACCGGCUUCUCAGACCCGUACGUGAAGGCCUCCCUGAUCUGUGACGGGCGGAGGCUAAAAAAGAGGAAGACGUCCAUUAAGAAGAACACGCUGAACCCCACGUACAACGAGGCGCUGGUGUUUGACAUCCCCAAUGAAAAUAUUGAAAGCGUCUCCAUCGUCAUCGCGGUGAUGGACUAUGACUGUAUCGGUCAUAACGAGGUUAUAGGGAUGUGUCGUGUGGGCAGCGAGGCUGAAGGUCCAGGGAGGGAGCACUGGACAGCCAUGCUGGCCAAUCCACGCAAACCAAUAGAGCACUGGCAUCAGCUCGUGGAGGAGAAAGCGAUUGGUACGUUUGUGUCUAAGGGUACUACAGCAUCCUCUCCUAAGCCGCAUAUCGUGGUGGACAGUCCUCACUCCGAUUAACACUGUCAUUAUCAUCUCUCCAGCUCCAGACUUUCCUUUCCUUCCUCUCAUCUGUGAAUAAUUCUCUCCAUCAAAGAAAGAGAGACACGGAGACACUGCUAGUGUCCGACUGCUAGUGCUGUUUUGCUCCCGCUGAUGAAUCCUCUGAGUCGUGUGCCGUCUUCGCCGAGCCGGAGGAAGAAGAAGAAGAAGAAGAAAAAAAAAAACGACAUCCAUCACGAGCGACACUUUGAGCAUCAGACUACACAUUUACAAACACAUGCACACACUCAGCGGUACAGUCGGACUCAUAUCAGGUGUAUAUUUGGGAUUUAACAAGGGACACACACACACACACACACACACACACUCUCACACACAUACACAGAAAUACACACAGAGUUUGUAGUGUGUGCGUAGUUCAUGUGUGCUUCAGGUUAGUGUAGUAUUUCAUCUAGGAGGAGUGUGAUGUGACAAACUGUUAUUUCUCUUAAAAACAAAACAAAAAAAAGAAAGCCAUCCAGAAUGGUCAUUCCAACCAGGACCAAAGGUUCAUGCCCUUGUACAGACUCUAAAAGAAGAAAAUCACUAUGUCGAUAUUUUUCUUUGCAACAUUGGUGUACAGUAUGUGCCGUACUGUAUGGGAACACAUCUCAUGUAGUACUCCGCAGGACGAAACAUCCGAGAUGGAUUCUUUUUUGGCCAUUUUGGAUGCCUUCUGCAGGCUCCGUACCCGUCUUGUUUUAGACUGAACUCGCUUAUUUUUCCCCAGAGGAAAGACAAUAAAGCGUCUUUAUUGAUGUCAGAGGAGCGAAAAAUGAGGACGGACUCAUUGGUUUAAGCAUGUAACGCAUCCUUGAAAUGUGUCCCUCUUCCUCAUGCUUUUUGUCACUGUCCUCAUGGUGCUCAUUUUUUGAUUUUGAUUCUUUUUGUUGUGUGUGUGCUACAAAUAUACAUAUAAUCAUCAGGAAAGGAGUUUAUUCAUGCCAAUUUUUUGAUUAUCCGCCGAGGAUAUGAAGAAGGAGCUUCUGAGAGGUGUGGACUUAGUUGGUGGUCGUCAAACCGGCAGACUUUUCCUUACACAGGACGACGCAGGUGAAAUAAAAAAGCUGUGUGUAGGAAUCGGACCAGCAUCUGUUUGGAUUGCACUCGCUGGAGGAUACACUCCACAGGGAAAGGACAUCGCCACUCUGUUUUAUUUUUCUAUCAUCCAGAACGUUCUUGUCUUUUCUUUUUCUCAAGAAGUCACCGUCCAGCUUCAUCCGAGAAGAAGUCCACAUCAUGUCUCUGACAAGACUCAAGAAGGACACACACGUCUGUGUUGCUUUUAUCAGUGUGUGUUAUUUCCGUGUUUGUGGGCGUGUUUGUUUUGUAUUUGUACGCGUCUGUGUGUAUGUGUGUGUGUGUGUGUAUGCCUGUGUGUGUGUGUGUGUGUGUCACUGUGACCUUGUGUGUGACACUUCCCCUCUGUCCUUAUUUCUGUCUACGCCUCCCUCACUUCCCUCAAUUCCAGUCCUGGCAUCCACAGACUGAAAUGCUUGUCUCAGAGCCAAACGUGUCUUCUGUCCCGUGUAUUUACAAGGAUCCAUUGUGUGUGUGUGUGUGUGUAUGUGUGUGUGUGUGUGUGUGUGAGAGACAGAGUGUGUGUACUAUACGUGCCUCAUUGCACUAGGUGGAGGAACACUGUCUUUCAUAGACAUUAGUUUGUACUGUCUAUGUCGUCUCUGAAAUCAGCUGCCAAUCAUCCAGCCCCUCUCCUCCUCCUCCUCCUCCUCCUCCUCCUCCUCCUCCUCUCUAACCCGUUGCCUGAUGUUAGUAACUGUGUUGAUCGUGUACUUCUUUCAGUAAUUUGUGUACUGUUUGUCCGAGGGAAAAACAGAUGGCACAGUGAUUGAAAAACUAAACUGUUGGGUGUGUUUUAAAUUCAAUUUACAAGAAGGAAAACAAAACAAAACAAAAAAAAAAAAGAUGAAAAAGAAAAACAUUCGAGGCUCAUUUCUUAUCAGGACAAAUUUAGAUCCCCCUUAGAGCAAGACAGCAGGGAGGAGGUGUUGCGAGAAAAACAAGCGCCUGGAAUUUUCUGCACUUCCUGUGUAAGCUGAUACAGACUUAUAAAGCCAUGUCUGUCACCGCUACUACCACUACUACUACUGUAACCUCAGCAAAACAACAGUACAACACCUCACUACAUUUACUUGUAUUGCUACCGUUGCCAUUUCUCUCUCCCACUCGCACACACACACACACUCUUUUAUGGAGGUGUGUGUGUGUGUGUGUGUGUGUUUCAGGAGAGGGGGGGAUCUAGUUUCUGCCUCUUUACCUUUGGAUCAUGAAAGUGCAGAGAGACUUUGAGCUCCGUUUGAUGGGGGAUACGGGAGGUUACGAAUCCUGCAUUGAACCCUCUGUGAGUUUGAUCAGCUGGGGGCUGUUCACCACAUUUUAAGCGGCGGCCAUUUUCCUCUGAUGUCACGCUCAGGGUGGGCAGCUGUUAAAAUCUCACACUGAUGUGUUUCAGGCGGUGAGUCACACAAAUGUGGGGUAUCGUACAACCGCCGUUAUUUCAUUGCUUUUUGAUGAAGAUGUGACUAAAAAGACAACAGACAGUAAAAACCUGGAGGGACAUGGAGCCAUAUAUCUUUGUGAGACAAAAUAUUUCAUAACACUGAGCUACUGUUUUAUAACAGCUGAUGCUAACAGCUAAUAUUUGGAGGUGGUUGUACAUUUCUAUCUCACAUUAUAUUGGCUGUUCUAACUUUAGGAAAUAACAUUAUGUUACCUUUUCAUUGCAUUUGGAAACACAGUAACGUUUGCUUUUAGCCACUGUCUUGCUAAUGGAUAAUAAAACACCUUGUUUUGAUACUAUUUAUAGCCCAAUUAUUAUCUAGGUAUUCCCCACUCAUUUUCUUUUUAAAGCUAUAAUACAACAAGAGGCUGUUUGUUAGAUUCCACUUAUUUAAAGCUACUGUAAGGAACUUUGUUUUUGCAGCUUUUGGCGCCCCCUGUAGUCAAAGUGGACAAAUCUCUGGUGAUCUUGCCCUUUAAAUUUGGAGGGAGUUUUUUCUGCUGUCUUUGAACAGUCAAAAAUAUCACACACUGUGAGCCUUCUGUGGAAAAUGUAAACAAAAGCUGUCUGCAGCUUUCUGUAACUCAUUACGUGUGACACCUACCCCCUGGCUGCAUCAAAAAUAACUAUACAUAUAGUAUAAAUUUGGUCCCUGAUAGUGUGGUGUGCUUUUCUAGGUCAUAUAAAACCGUCAGUAUCAAUUUCAGUCUGUUUCAUAACCAGCCAAAAACUCCCUACUGUAGCUUUAAAUGACUUACAACCUUCAGACAUAGCAGUAUGACACAGUUAGCACAUUAGCUUCCCACCCUUUAGGAAAAUGGCCGCGGUAUGAUUGUGGUAAAAGGAGCGUAUUGUACACGUAGAUGAGGUAUUGAUCCGCUGGUGUAGAGGUCUUGUAACUGUCUCUCUCUCUGCUUGUGUCUGACUUAUUUAGCCCUCGUGUUACUGCCUGGUGAUGGAUUACAAAACUCAUGGUCGAAUCAGUACAUUCCCUUCCUCCCUCCAUCCUCCCCUUCUCUCUGUUUCUGUCUGUCUGAUUACCGUCUGAUUACUCAUUCCCUCCUCCAGCAACCCUUACCUUUCCUACCACCAUCACCACCACCUUCUCCUCCUCCUCUCUCUCUCACCUUUCUGUUCCUCGCUCUAUUUUUUUCCCCUCCCUGCUCCCUUCCCUAUCUCCCAUCCCUCCAUCUUGCCCUCCUUCUUUCUUUCUGUGUAUGACGACCCCCUUUCCCCCCUUCUCUCUACUCUCUCUCGCUGUCUUCUCGUGUUAGUGCAGUUCUGAAUGGUCAUGGGGAAACAUGUUUGCAUGCUUAUAUUAACAUGAAUGAUGUCAACUUGAUGCAAUGAAAAAUUAUAUAAGUGAUGCUUUAAGCAAAAAUCUGACAAUGAACUUGAUACUAAUACUACUAAUGACGACUAAAUGGAGACCUAGCAAUUGUUUAUCUCUGUGGUCAAAAACAACGAUGAUGAAAUAACAUUGUUUAUGCUGUAUUUAUCUUUCUUGAAUCGGUAUUCUUUUCAAUUGUUUUUUAUAUAUAAUUUAUUCAAGAGGUUUACUUUUUUAUUGGUUAAAGCUGAGAAAUGUGUGUGAGGGGUUCAGUCAGGACAGCAGGAUUUCGGUGAAUGUGUAAGUAACGGUGUGGCUGAAGCAAUGGCUAAGGAAAUAAAGGAUAUGUAUCAUCCAGC